AUGCAUUCCUUCCCUCUUCUCCUUUCUUCUUCUCUUUUCGCCUUGACACAGGCUCACUCUGUCAUCCUCGGUGCUCAGGGUCUCGACACUUCUCCCAACAGUGUGGGAUUCCAAGUCGAUCCUGAGAUUGCCCGCAACUGCAUCACCAUCAACCCUUGCCAGCAGGAUGCUACCAUCAUUCGUGAUGCCGAGAUCACUGCCAACAUCGUGAACCAGUGUGGUCGUACUGAGAUAUCUGGUAACAUCGAUGUUGGUGAAAACACUGAGAACGCUAUCUCUGCCAACCAGGUUACUCAGGUUGAGGCUGGUGGUGAACUCACUGUUACCAUUCACCAGGUCAACGCCGAUGGUGCUGGUCCUUAUGUUUGUGAUCUCGACGAGAGCAGCAACACAAACACCAACAUUCAGAACUUGACCGUGACUAACAACGUCCCCGGCACAAACGGUCUGUCUCAAGUCAAGACUCAGGCUUUCAACAUCACUGUCAAGAUGCCUGAUGACCUCAACUGCUUCGGUGCCUCUACCGGAAACAUCUGCACUGUACGAUGCCGCAACAACGCCCUCGCUGGUCCUUUCGGUGGCUGCUUCGCCGUCCAGCAGGCCGACACUGACAAGAAGACCAACACUCCUCAGUCCAUCAAGACCACACAGACCCUGAAGGGUAUCAACGAUCAGAUUCUCCAGAACCAGAAGGACUUUGAGGACUCUGUUGCUGCCAACGAGAACGCUACUUCUGACGAGGCUGCCCAGAACAAGGCUGCUGUUGAUGCUCUUCUCGGUGCUACUGUUGUUACUUCUGCUUUCGCUACCGAGACUCCUUCUGUUGCUCUUGGUCGUCCUCCUGUCGCCACUCCUGAUCCUAACCAGGGUAACGAUGGCAAGGCUGGUGAGAACAACGGUGGCAACAACAACAACGGAGGUAACGACAACAACAACAACGACAACAACCAGGAUAACAACAACGACAACCAGAACGGUGGCGACAACGGCAACAACGGCGGCAAUGGUGGCGACAACAACGGUGGAAACAACGACAACAACCAGGGCGGUGAUAACAACAACAACGGUGGUGACAACCAGCAGGGCGGCGGCAACGGAGGCCAGGGCGGUAACGGUGGAAACCAAGGUGGCCAGGGCGGUAACCCCUUCGGUGGUGCUGGCGGUCCUCCUCCUGGCUUCCCCUUCGGUCGUGGUAACGGACAGAAGAAGGCCAAGCGUGGCUUCAGCAUGCGCCGAUGGGCUCAGCGUGCUUAA